AUGGUCCUAGGCCACCGUGGCCCGAGAAAUCGCGUGACCAGACCAAUCCGAUCGGUACCAGAAGGUAUGGACCCUCUCCUUGUCGAUAUCCCGCCGGUUCAGCCUGUCAAUCAACCGAAAAGUGCACCAAGCACAAAUCCCACCAGACAACGGAGGGCAUAUAACCGCCGUAUACCAUCGAAGCAAUCGGCCGGAUACGAGGAGAGUGAACUGCCGGCGAGACAGCGCUACGAUAGGAUGGUGAAAUGGCACGUAUUGUGCCACUUCAACCUCAAUAACAUCAAUGCGGUCAUCCUCAAUGCCUAUCCCGACACAGCGCCUCCAAGCUCCCAACACACUAAGGCUCUCAACAUUGCAAAAGAUAUAUUUAAAGCGUGGAAGUGCAACACACCCAAAGCAUUGAAAGUACUCAUCGCUGCGAUCAUUGACAAGUCUGAGGUGGACGACAGUCGUUCUCGCUUGAACUCUUCUCCGGUAUACGACCGCCAUUGCUCCGAGCUAGGAUAUUCUGUUCCGGUAACUCGUUGGCUGAAGGAUGUCCAAGUAGCACUGGACUUGGGGAAGAUGAGCCCGAGUUGGUUGCUUUAUCAUAUAAGCUAA